AUGGAGGAAAUGGCCGAGCCUGGAAUGGGCAGCUGGCCACUGUCGACAGGAACAAUCAGUAAGAAGCAGGAACUUAGUAGAGGGAACAAAAUGGGACAGGGUCACUAUGACUUGGAUGAUGGGGAGUGGAAUGGGAAGGGACAGUCACUGGGUUGGGAGAUAGCCACAACAAACCCAUUAGUAUCAGAGAAGUUAGAGCUGUCUGUGCUCUACAAGGAGUAUGCUGAGGAUGACCAGGUCUAUCAGUUAAAAGUCAAGGACCUGCACAAACGCUAUUGUUGUAUACGGAAGACCAGACCAGAUGGCAACUGUUUCUAUCGAGCGUUUGGUUUUGCACAUCUGGAGGCUCUCCUUGAGGACAGCAAACAGUUACAGAAAUUUAAAGCUAUUGCCUCGAAGAGCAAAGAAGAUUUGGUGACCCAGGGUUUCACAGAAUUCACAAUCGAGGAUUUCCACAACACGUUUAUGGAUGUGAUUGACCUCGUGGAGAAGCAGGGUUCAUUGUCUAACCUGAUGACAGCGUUUAAUGACCAGAGCACGUCUGACUACCUGGUAGUUUACCUGAGACUCCUCACCUCAGGCUAUCUUCAGCGAGAAUCUGCUUUCUUUGAACAUUUCAUUGAGGGAGGCCGUACAGUGAAGGAAUUCUGUCAGCAGGAAGUGGAGCCAAUGGCCAAGGAGAGCGACCACAUUCACAUCAUCGCGUUAGCGCAGGCUCUGAACACCUCGAUCCGGGUGGAAUACAUGGACAGAGGAGAAGGAAACUCAACCAACCAGCAUAUCUUCCCUGAGGGCUCGGAGCCCAGGGUCUUCCUGUUGUACAGGCCAGGACACUAUGACAUUCUCUAUAAAUAGGUUGUACAGAUCAAAACGUACACAAGAAGAUAUUGUACAGAGUUUGUGUGGGUUGUAAAUGAUAAUGGUCAUUCUGUUCCACUUUGUUACAUGAGCUGUCAUGUUAUUAAAGGGAGCCAGUCACUGAUCUCUCUUUAACACUCCCCUGUCGUUGUUCAUUCACCUCUCUAACAAAUCGGCUGUGUGAUAUCUGGUGACAUUUGCUCCCUCCCUGUUCCCUCUGAACUCCCUCUCUGCUUCUCCCCACUUCUCUUUCCACCCCCUACUCCCUCACCUAUCUCCCCAGGGUCCCUCCCCCCAUCUAUGUUGGUGUUGCCUACCUGCCAGUUGUCCGUUGCUGUUGUACAGUUUGUGCCGGGUAAGGUUAUCACUCUGUACCUCUGCCAUUUCCCUGAGAGACUAGCUGCAGCGCUGUCUGUCUCACACACACACUGAUACCGGCCUGUCCUUUCUCACAGUGACCCAAAGAGCUGGUGCUGCCUCCUGGAGAGAUCACCAUGUGGAACUUACUGACUCUGGGCUGACCUGCCUGACGGUCUGAGCUGUAACCCGGACCGGCUGGAUAAGCUAACUCCACACUGCACUGACAUUUUUAGGGGGAUUGUAUCUGUGAUUUCCACCAUGUGUCACUGUAUUUCCCCUGUUGUUCCCUGCUGCCUUUCUCUUGCAGCCUCCUUCCUGUGCCCCUCUUGCUCUGACCUCCUCCCCCCCCCACCCCUUUUCUGUUCCCACCUCUCUGUCUAUCUCCCUACCGCGCGCUCAUCCCUGCAUUGGGCUUGGGGAGUUGAAAUUGGGUUAAUUCUUCAAGCUUUAAUGGGAUCUUUACAAGGUGUGAACUAUCCACCUAGUCUCUGUGUGGAAAAAGCUUUCAGGUUUCCGAUGCUCCUGCUCACUGCUCACCUUCGGGUGAAGAUGUGAAGAGCUGGAAUCCUGGAGGAGGUGCUGAAUUUUCACCCACUCGGAAUGAUCUCUACCAGACAGGCACUCAGUAAUACCACCGCAAAUAUACUUUCAUGUUAGGGUUACAGGUGACUGCUUCCCUUCAAUAAACAUCUUGGUUCUCA